GUAGACCCGCUAAUCGUAAUGGUGCGAUCCAAACCACACGAAAGUGCUCGAUAUGUUUGUUAUGUUGUUUGGCUCUUUUUUAAAAUGAUGCUUGGAAAUUAAUUAUAUAAAGAAAUGGUUCCAUGGAUGUCUUUUGCAGCUCAAAUUUAAAUCAUUACUCAUGAAAUGCUCAACGCCUCAGCCGGUAAUGCCAGCAACAAUUUAUCUGGAGACUUCAACCUUCAAGACCUUGAGAAAAAUAUCUGUUUUCAACCUAAACCAAAUCGCACCAUAUUUAUAGUCGCGCUACUCGACAUAAUCCUUUCCAUCAUAGCCAUUGCAGGAAAUGUAUUAGUGGUAUUCGCAAUAUUAAGAUAUCAACAGCUGAGGAAUGUAACGAAUGUGUUUGUCCUCGGCCUGGCUGCUGCAGACCUACUUGUAGGUCUGAAUGUUCCUUACUACAUUCUGUUCUACUUUGACCUACAAUCAUUAUCCUGUCACAGGAUUAGUUGCAUGCUCAGGUAUUGGUUCACAACCUAUGCUUCGAACUGCUCAAUGUUGUGUCUAGUCGGUGUCGCAGUGGACCGUUACGUCGCAAUUUUGCACCCUCUGUCAUACCACAGUGUUAUGAGGACAAACCACGCAUCAUUGUACGUGAUUGCUGUGUGGGCAUCUAUGGGUGUGCUCAGUUCUUUGCCACUGCUUGGUAUUGGAGAGCAGUUCGACCCUUCCAAAGAAUGUGACCUGUAUUAUACCCACACCAAAGAAUACGUAUUCGCGGCCGUCGCAUCUGUCGUUCUAUUGACGUUCAUAAUCACAACAACUUUGUACAUGAUGAUAUUUAAAGAAGCUUGGCGGCACAAAAGAGCUGUUGUAGCACUUGAACUUAACCACAAAGUUCGUCAGGAGACUAAAACAGCGAGAAUGAUGGCACUGGUUUUAGGUGUAAAUUUCCUAGGAUUCCUACCAUACCUCAUCGUAAUUACAGUUAGAUAUCAUGAUGGAAUGAAUCAAGAUAGAUUUGGACUCUUGAAACCCUUUGUUGUGUGCGGUUAUUUUGGAAAAUCAGCCAUUAACCCCAUUGUUUACGGCUGGAAAAAUAAAGAUUUCCGCCAAGUAUUUAGGAAAAUCAUGAGGUAUGAUAAAACACAUAGAUGAAGAAGGCUUUUAUGGUGCUGUCUUUCUGUGUAUAUGUCAAUAUAAUUUUAUUGUUGUUGUUAUUAUUUCUUAAAUAGUGUG